AUGGCGGAUGCCGAAGGUGCCGUCUUCGAGCCGAUCGACUUUGCGGACCUGCACGAGCUGUUGGAAGCCGCACAGAGCAGCGAUGCUCCCAAGGACGACCCCGUCGCAGCCGCCCUCGAGCUGGGCGUGCGGGAGACGAAGAAGGUGGCUGCCAACAUUGAUAGCCAGCUGCAACUCCUGGAGGAGGAGAGCGUGGGAGACUACGUCGCCAGCUUCGACUCUUUCCAGGACCUGCACCAAGAGAUUCUAGCCACCGACGCUGUGCUGGAGAAGAUGGAGAGGCUACUCGGGACGUUCCAGUCCGACCUCUCCACGAUCUCGGAUGAGAUUCGCAUGUUGCAGGCAUGCCCGGUGACGGCGAAGGAGCCGGCAGUUCGCGUGAAGGCCUGGUCCACACCGGAGCCGGCGCAGGCCAUCGAUGUCCGUCAGCCCGUGGAGAUCAGCUUGGAGGAGCAGGUCCGGGUGCUCCACGGCGUGCCUUUGUCGCCCAUCCUCGUCGGAGGCCAGCCAGACUUCGCAGGCUACGGCCAGAACCCUCCGAGCGAAGGAGAUAGCUGGGAGCUUGACGUCAUGGCCGAGCAGGGCGGAUAUGAGAUCUGCUUUGCGGGAGGCUGCAAUCCUCACCACGGAAUCCUAAGUGUGUACAUGGAUGGCGCUCUCAUCGGCGAUGUGGACCAAUACAGCCUGUUCAACAUCUGCCCGCAGGAGCACAUCCUUUACUGGGAAUGCCUGGCCGCUGGCCAGCACACCUUGACCGGAACGGUUCGCUGCAAACGCGCAGAGUCCCGCAACUACUGGAUCUGCUUGCGUGAAAUCACGCUUCGACCCAUCUCGAGCCGCCUUACCCUGGCGCUGCUCCUGCAGGCAGCCUGGCUCGGAGACGAGCUGGAAGUGAAGUGCACAGGAAUGGCAGGCAAUGACAUCGCCGUCUUCAUCUGUGAUACGAAUGCCACAGUUGGACAACUACGAAGAAAAGCCGCAGACACACUCACGUAUGCAUGGCAGAUCGCCUUGACAUUGCCCCACAGCAAACUUCUGCGUGAGGAAGACGACCAAAGCCUCUUGGUGUCCGUCCUUGGAAUGGAAUCGGUUGACCAGCACCCAUCGGCAGUGGGUCCUUCCCGGUCCUUCCUGCGAUACGGAGUGCGAGCAAUGCUGACGGUGGGUUCCGUGGUGGUGAGCCCACAGCUCGUCCGACAGAUCUGCGAGGAGGAGAUCAACGAGGCUUAUCUCGGUCACCUCUCUGAGCUGAACAAGAAGCUCGACCACGUAAAGCAGCAGGAGAUGCAGAAGUUGCCCAGCUGCGCGCAAUCCGCGCCGGAGCUGGAGAAACUUCGCACCAAGGCUGUGGCAAGAAUCAAAGACUUCCUGCUGCAGAAGAUCAAUUCACUCAAGAAGCCAAGGACGAACCUGCAAAUAUUGCAGAGAAACGUGCUGGUGCGGUUCAAGUCCAUGACACAGUUUCUCCAAGAGCAUCACAGCGCUGUGGCGGACGAGGUGAAGAUGCACUACGUUGCCACAAUGAGUGCUGUGUACCUGAAGCAGUUUCGCACAUACGUCACAUCCUUGCAGAAGCUUGAACUCGAGUACUCCCCGACGAAGUCCGAUCUCCUGGUCACCAACGAGGGCCAGUCUGGCGCAGGACGGCUCUGGGACAACUUGGGCCUGGGUCGAAGCGUUCAGCUGAAGGACAAGGGCAACGUCUUUUCCCUUUCAGGUCGGGAUGCGAUCCUUGAGCAGCUGGAUCGAGAUCCCAUCAUUGCCCACACGAACAAGGACAAGAUCAAGUACUAUCACGAGCAGCUCUUCCGAAGCCACCAGAUGUUGCUGAUGGACACUGCAACCUCCGAGUUCCUCUUCCUGAACGACUUCUUCGACACUAAGGGUGAAAUCGGUCUCUUUGUGGAAGUCUUCGGAAAGACGACGCAGUACUUCCUAGACGCUCUUGAGGGCUUCCUUGGCAACUGCUGGGACUCGGUUGGGUUGUUGCUGAUGGUUCGAAUCGUGGACUUCUACAGGAAGCGCAUGCAGCAGCGCAAGGUCAGCUGUCUGGACUCCUACUUGGAUGCCCUGCAGCUGCUUCUCUGGCCAAGGCUCCGAGUGGUGCUGGAUGCUAACAUCGUGUCUCUCCGGAAGGCCUACCAGCAGAACCUGCAAGCACCGACGAACAACAAUCCGCACUUGGUGACGAGGAGGUUUUCCGAGCUCGCGGCGUCUUUGUACUUCCUGAGCUCCAGCGAAGACAGCGGCCUUCCGGACACCUUGCAACAGCCUUUGGCCGCCAUGCGGCAGGAGUUCUGCACGCUGCUCUCGGCCAUGGCGAACCGCUUGGAUGGGCAGGACUCCGGCCUUGUCUUUCUCGUGAACAACUACGACUUGGUGCUGACCGUCUUUCACGAGCGCCACCUUUCCCGGAACGCAACUUCCGUUUUUGAGGAUCUGUUGCGCGACCAGGUGCAAAAGUUUGUCGAAAGCCAGCUGAUGCGCCACUACCCGGAUCUCGUGACGUUUGUGAAGAACACGGAGCCUGCCGUGGCAAAAAUUGACGAGGCGACGGCCCGAUCGCAGCCGAGCCAAUCCCCACCACCAGGCGUCGAUGUGCAGAAAAUGGAGCAGGUGGUUCGCAACUUCGCGGCGAACUGGAAGAGGGAGAGGGAUCAGAUCCACCAGUACGUCAUGGUUUCUUUCAGCAACUUCUCCAACGGAAUGGAGAUCUUGAAGCAGGUCUUGACACAGCUUCUGCUCUACUACACGCGGCUCCAGAAAGUUAUCUUGAAGACCUUUCCGCAGCAACAGCCUGCUUUUGCGAGCGAGAUGGUCCCGAAUACCACGAUCUUGAUGGAGGUCCGACGCGACAACUUCGCAUGA